GUGUGUGUACCUCCGUCUGCCGCAGGGCUGCGGUGCUCUUUCUGGUAAGAUUGUUCGUCUCCGUCGUAGUCUCUACGGCUUGAAGCAAGCAUCCCGCACGUGGCAUAAACACUUGGUGAGGGGCAUGAAGUGUCUGGGUUUCGAACAGUGUGCUGCCGAUGCUUGCGUCAUGCGCUUGAUCGAAGAGGGGGUUGUCGCCAUGGUUGUUGUCGUCCAUGUCGAUGACAUUUUUUCCAUCGGGAAGAAGAGUCGGUGUGAGCAAUUUGGUAGGGACUUGAACGAGUACGUUCCCAUCACCAACCUUGGAGAACUUCGCUUGUACGCUGGUAUUCGCUUUUCGCGUGAUUUUGCUCAGGGCACCAUUACGCUUUCUCAACAGACGUACGCCACCAACAUGGUCGCGAAGUUUGGUGUCACCCGUAACAAAGAAACCCCCAUGGCCGUUGGCGUGAAGCUUGAGGAGUUUGAUGCGUGUGAACCCGACGUUGAAGAGCCGUUCCGUUCUUUGGUGGGGCACUUGAUGUGGCUUGCGAAUCAAACUCGCCCGGAUAUCCUCAACGCCGUCCGGGCUGUUGCGCGGUAUUCUUACGCGCCCAAGUCCGUGCACUGGAAGGCUGCGUUGCACAUUGUGAUGUACAUUAGAUGCACGAGUGCGUACGGUAUUACAUUUCAGCGGGGUACGGCAGGUGGUGUUAGCUUGGAGGUGUACGUGGAUUCGGACUACGCUAGCAAAGCGACGGACAGGCGAUCUGUGUCGGGAGGUGUUGUCAUGUGUGCGGGGUCCUGCGUGUCGUUCUUCUCUCGGACUCAGAAGAGCGUCACGCUGUCUUCUACGGAAGCUGAGUACGCUGCGAUGGCCGAUGGCAUGAAGGAGGCGAUUUUCUUGCGGUAUCUCUGGAGUUUUAUCUUUCCGGAUGGGGAUGUGGGGUGCACUGUGAUCAAGGAGGACAAUGUCGGGGCGCUUCAUUUGGCCAACAACCCUGCCACCACCCCCAACUCCAAGCACAUUGACGUCCGCCACCAUUUUAUUCGGGAGCGUGUUGACCGGGGGGAGUUCAAGGUCGUUUAUGUCCCGUCGCAUUUGCAGCACGCCGACUUUCUUACGAAACCACUGCCCAAGGAGGCGUUUUCAGUACACCGCAACUUUGUCAUGAACCUUUGAGACCUUCUUGGUUGGGCUGUUUGUGUCAUGUUUAUGUUUGGCGGCAUUUAUUUUGGCUGCUGUUCGAUUUUUCUUAAUGUUGUUUGUGUGUUUUGCUGGCACUGCUGUCGAAAAUCAUGGGGGGGGAUGAAUGUGAUUGUGAUGCCAUGAUCCUCGUCGCAGUACAAGCAGCUUCAUGAUAUUUGUUUGUUUUCUCGUUGUUAGUAUUCGAGAGUUUUAUUUCAGCAGGGGGGCUGUUAAGCUUUUGUGUUUUGGGAGAUGAUGCAGCAGGGGGGCUGU